AUGGCCCUGAACUUUUCCGAUUUCGUUUUGGUAUUCUACCCGGAUAAAUCAGUUCCAUGGGACGAUUCUCCGUUAUUGUCGGACAACGAGCAGCUGGACAGAGUGUUGGAACCGGUGCAUUACACGGAAAAUCUCGUCCGGAAGUUCAACAUUAUCAAUUCGAUUCUCGGCUUUCUAGUGAACGUCCUUCACUUUGCCGUUCUGACGCGGAAAGAGUUGCGAUCCAGUGCCAUCUACAUUCUGUUGAUCGGAAUUUGUGUCUUCGAUAUCAUCAGAAUCACGGCUUCGCUUUCAUUGGAUAUCAAGUUUGUGCUGGGAUACGGUAGGACCGAGUACUGCCACCACUUUGACACCUAUCAAAACGUGCUCUUCAAUAUCAUCGCCUCACUUUUCUACUCCACAACCAACCGAAUCUCUUCCUGGCUGAUCAUCUGGAUGGCUCUCUUUCGAACCUUAUCCAUCAUAUUCCCCAUGAGCUCUCUGACCCAAAAACUAUCGGAACCGGCCCCGGCACUCAAGACUCUUGUGGUUACGGUAGCUGCCACCGUCUACUACAGCAUCCUCAACACUUCUUUCAUGAUCAUUCCGCGAAAUCCGGCCCAAUACUGUCUUCUGAAUGCGAAUUCGACGUGGCACGCCGAUGAACAGUACAGACAGGCGGAGAUGGAGCCGACCAAAUCGGCGAGAGCCUGGGAAAUGAUUCUGACGGUCAGCAAGCCGAUCACACACAUUCUACUCACUUCUUUUCUGAUCAAUGCGGUCAUUGAGGCCGCCAAACUGAGGAAGAAUGUGAGGAAAACGGAGGCGGACAAGUGAGUUUUGAAGCAUUUGGAUGGACUCUUGGAUUACGGUACUUUUCAGGAGUGACACCACCACCAAACUGAUCGCCCUCAUGGCCGUGCUUUAUGAUUUCGCAGAAAUCACCAGUACUCUCGUUGAUUUUCUCGUCGAUUUCAGUCGCGACGACGACCGAUACAUGUGAGUAGCAAAUUUGAAAAUCCAUCCCAUUCCCGUUCAGGUUCGUCCUAGCCGCCCUCAAAAUUCCCAUCGUGACACUGUUCACGAUCAACUCGAGUUCCCACUUUUUCGUCUGUUUUUUCAUGUCUUCCCAGUAUCGGGACACUGUCAAAAACUUGAUGGGAUCGGGAAAAAGCGGCACUACUGUGAGUUUGAAGAGACUGAAAGAUGAGGUGAAAAAGACGUUAUUUGAAGGUGUGGUCUGCUGAGGAACAGACGGGAACACUGAAGAACAGUUUGACUGGCUGA